UAUUUGCCUAGUGCGGUGAUUCGGACUGCUGUCUUAUUAUUGUCUGCAUCGCCCACUGUCCUUCGUUACUAUCAAAGCUCCUCGUCGUAACAAAAGGAUCAAUCAGUUUCUCCGAUUCAUUUGCAUUUCGCAACUUCUCAUUCUUUUUUCCAUUUUCACAGUUUUGAGCUUUUCGGUGUUAUCAUGGCUUCUUUUACCGCUUCCAAUACUGUGGCUUUCAAAGCCGCCGGUUUCUCAGGGAAGUUUGGUGGCAUCGUUAACACCAAAGCCUGUCAGCUGCGCCAAUGCUCUCCAAUCCAUGGAGCCAAAGUGGGUCAGCUUCGUCCCCUUUUGGGUCUUCACUGCAGAUCGAACGCUUCAUCAAGCUUGUCUGGUAUAAGAGCCCAUGCUGCUACUCUCGAGGAAGCAGGAACUCGUAGGGCCCAGAAUGUGGUGGCUCCUGUUGUUAUUGUGACAGGAGCAUCCAGAGGUAUUGGCCGAGCAAUUGCAUUGACUUUGGGUAAAGCAGGUUGCAAGGUUCUGGUUAAUUAUGCAAGGUCAUCCAAGGAAGCAGAGGAGGUUUCCGAGGAGAUUGAGGCACUUGGCGGACAGGCUCUUACAUUUGGUGGAGAUGUUUCUAAGGAAGCUGACGCGGAGUCUAUGAUCAAAACUGCAGUAGACGCUUGGGGAACUGUUGAUGUGUUAGUCAAUAAUGCUGGAAUCACUAGAGAUGGUUUGCUAAUGAGAAUGAAGACAUCUCAAUGGCAGGAAGUCAUUGAUCUGAAUCUCACUGGUGUUUUUCUCUGCACACAAGCAGCGGCCAAAAUUAUGAUGAAGAAGAAAAAGGGAAGGAUAAUUAAUAUUGCAUCAGUUGUUGGUCUCAUUGGAAAUGUUGGUCAAGCUAAUUAUAGUGCUGCAAAAGCAGGAGUUAUUGGCCUGACAAAAACUGUUGCAAGGGAAUAUGCUGGAAGAAACAUCAACGUUAAUGCGGUUGCCCCUGGGUUUAUUGCAUCUGACAUGACUGCCAAACUAGGACCUGACAUUGAGAAAAAAUUUUUGGAGGCAAUUCCUUUGGGAAGAUAUGGCCAACCUGAAGAAGUCGCUGGCCUGGUGGAAUUCUUGGCUCUUGAUCCUGCUGCCAGUUACAUCACUGGACAGGUAUUGACCAUAGAUGGAGGGAUGGUGAUGUAGCAAUCUGGUUCACUAAUAAUCUACACUUCGUCCUACUGGCCACAGAAUCUAGAAUUCCGCUUUGUGGCAUUUGUGUGGUAUUUCAUUUUAUGAUAGUUUUUCCCUUAGAUUGUAUUGGAGCUGUUGUUGAGCUUAGCAUAUUUUUAAUCUCAACUUAAUUACUUAAAGAAUUAGCAAUAUGUUGUUAGAGCUCAGCUGUGCAGUUAACUUUGAAUAAUAUUUUUAUUUAAGAUAUAUCAUACAUGAUGUAAGAGGAGAUUCCGAAUAUAACAUUCAAUUUGUGAUAUAUGUGAUGCUUGGUAGGGUAUAAGAUAGAAAUAGAAGUCUCAAUUGAAGUUGAAACACUUUUAUUAGGGUGUGCAAAGAA